AUGAUGCUGGGCCCUACUCACGACGGCGAGCGCUAUGAGCUGACCAGCCCAACGGCCAUGCCAAAAGCAGACGGUUUUCUAUGGAAUCAAAAGAUGAUGAUCCAGGUAACCUGCCGCGGCUAUGCUACCUCUCAAUUCAUGCAGCCGGAGCCAGCCAAGUACGCCCACGCGCCCAACCUCGAAGGCAAGACCUUCAUGCAGCCAGAGCAGAGCUAUUAUUCGCAUCAUCCAGGCCGCUUCGUCUACAUCAAAGAUGAGGAAACGGGCCAACUGUUCUCCGCGCCAUACGAACCUGUACGCGCGCCUGUGGACCGUUUCGUUUUCUCUGUCGGCAAAAGCGAUAUCGCGUGGACCGUGGAGCACCUAGGUAUCCGUGUUGAAAUGACACUGAGCCUACCCACGCAUGAUGUGGCGGAACUUUGGACUGUGAAGGUAUCCAACCUGUCUGGCCGCCCACGGAAGAUUAGUGUCUGCCCUUACUUCCCAAUCGGCAACAUGUCCUGGAUGAAUCAGUCCGCCGAGUACCGCCCGGACCUGGGUGGCGUGGUGGCUAGCAGCGUCACGCCGUACCAGAAGGCAGAGGAUUACUUCAAGAAUAAGUUCCUCAAGGAUAAAACCUACUUUAUGUGCGAGACGCCGCCCAACUCGUGGGAAACCAUGCAGCAAGCGUUUGAAGGCGAAGGAGGCCUACACGCCCCAUCCGCACUGCUGGGGUCGGACCUUUCGGGCGGUGACGCGCGCUACGAAACGCCUGUAGCCGCUGUGCAGUACCGCAUAGCCCUGGAAGCGGAGGAGCAGCGCGAAUACCGCUUCCUGUUUGGGCCUGCUUUCGAUGACGCUGAAAUCAGUGCUAUGUGCAAAAAAUACCUAAACAAAGAAGGUUUUGCCCAGUCUGCCCAGGACUAUGCGCAGUACAUCGAACAAGGACGCGGCUGUCUGAAGAUCGAAACGCCGGACAAGGACUUGGACAACUUUGUCAACAACUGGCUUCCACGCCAGGUAUACUACCAUGGUGAUGUAAACCGCUUGACUACAGACCCACAGACGCGCAACUACCUCCAAGACAACAUGGGCAUGAGCUAUAUCAAGCCCGAGGUAGCGCGGAAUGCCUUUCUCACGGCGCUCGCGCAGCAGGAAGCCGACGGUGCCAUGCCUGAUGGGAUUCUGUUGAUCGAAGGCGCAGAGCUAAAGUACAUUAACCAGGUACCGCACACAGACCACUGCGUAUGGCUACCAGUGACGCUGGACGCCUAUCUGGCUGAAACAGCGGAUUAUGCCUUCUUAGAGGAGCCCCUGAAGAGUGUACAUGGCGACACCUACACAGUGUUCGAGCGCUUCAGCCGCGCUAUGGACUGGCUGCUCGCCGCCCGCGACGAGCGUGGCCUGAGCUAUAUCGCCCAGGGCGACUGGUGCGAUCCGAUGAAUAUGGUAGGGUAUAAGGGCAAAGGCGUAUCGGGCUGGCUCACUGUGGCCACCGGCUAUGCGUUAAACCUUUGGGCCGACGUCUGCGAACAGCAAGGCAAGCCCGAACUAGCGGCGCGCUAUCGAGCAGGCGCCCAGGACGUCAACACAGCUACCAACACCCAUCUAUGGGACGGCGAUUGGUUUGCACGCGGCAUCACAGAUGAUAACGUGGUCUUCGGCACCAAGAAGGACGUCGAAGGCCGCAUCUGGCUUAAUCCCCAGGCGUGGUCCAUUCUCAGCGGCGCGGCUAGCACCGAGCAGCGAGAGAAGAUGUUAACCCAGGUAGAUGAGCAACUGAGUACGCCAUACGGCGUGGCCAUGUUCGCGCCAGCGUUCAGUGCUAUGCGUGAGGACGUUGGUCGCGUGACGCAGAAAUACCCUGGCUCGGCGGAGAACGGUUCGGUGUAUAACCACGCGGCUAUCUUCUACAUCCAUAGUCUGUACACCGUCGGCGAGAAGGAUCGUGCCUAUAAGCUGCUGCGCCAGAUGCUGCCAGGCCCAACCGAAGCCGACUACCGACAGCGCGGCCAACUGCCUGUGUAUAUUCCAAACUAUUACCGCGGGGCGUGGCAUCAAUAUCCACGCACUGCCGGCCGCUCCAGCCAGCUGUUCAACACCGGCACCAUGCCAUGGGUUUACCGCUGCUUCACCGAGGGCUUGUGUGGGCUUCGUGGCGAUGUGGAGGGCCUACGCAUCCAGCCCCAACUUCCAUCGGGUUGGGACGACAUAAAGGUCACCCGCCUUUUCCGCGGCGCGAGGUUCGAGCUGGAUAUUCGACGCGCGGACGUGAAGGAAGUGGCAGUCAGCCAUGCCGGCAAGGUCUUACCUAACGCCCGAAUCACCAAUAUCCAACCUGGUGCUACCUACCAGCUAUCGGUCUCAGUGCCGCAGUAA